AUGUUUCCAUCGAAUCCACCUUCAACUGAUCAACAUCAACUUCGUAAUCAAAGAAUAUCAACUCGAAUAUUCAUCAUUCUAUUAACUUUAUCAUUAGCUAUCCUUGUCUUAUAUACUUCACUUGCAAACGUCACCCACACCGUCAGCAUAAGUUCACCCACAAUCGCACAAUACUCACAACUAUAUUCAACUUAUCCACAAACACUAUCAUGUGCAUGCACAGAUAUAUCCAUCGAUUAUGAUAAAUUUCUGCAAGUCAACUAUACACUACAUCAAAUAUGUACAAGUACUUUUAUUACUGAUGAAUGGAUUGGCUAUCUUUAUAAUGCUCGCCCAACAGGUACCUUAAAUAGCGAUGACUUUCGAAACGCCGGCUUAUUUAUAUUUCAAGCUCUAAAUGCCUUUUGCCAAUUAUCUACUCAAACAAUAUCCAAUCAGCUUACUCAGUUUUACUCAAGUCAAUAUGUUAGUGCAUCUGUCACACCAUUAGAAGUAUUUCAGACACAAACUCAAGCAUUUGUUUCACAGUUUACAUCAUCUGUGACUAAGGACUUCAUAUUAUCACUUUCAACAAUAAGAAAAACAACUCAAAGUAAUGCAUUACUUAAUGGACAACUCACUAACUAUUAUCUUUCUGGAGACAUUAGUAACAAUGUAAAUGCAUAUCCUUUAACAUAUGGUGAUUGUGGUUGUAAGUUUUCAGCAGUAUGUAGUUAUGAGCUUGUAAUAUAUAACUCCACCAGUAAAAAUGUACAGUUUACUGUACCAGGUAUAUAUGCAGGAUGUUAUGUGAUUGAAGCAUUACUUCAGUCAAAUCUUCAAUGCUUUUAUAAUGCAUCUUGUAUAAAUGAAAUACAAUCAUAUUUCACAUACUAUUUAUCAAUGAAUCUGACAACACUUGAUACGUCAUUAUUAGUUCAGUUUCGUAAGAAUUCUACAAUAGAAGAAGUUGUUGAUGAGUUGAUGGUUGAAAAAUGGAACUCAUCAAUAGUAUAUGAUGGUUAUUAUAAUGAAUGUCAACCAUCGAAAUGUAGUUAUAGUUAUGAAACAAGGAAUAAUGUAAUUUAUAUAGUAACAACAGUGAUUGGACUAGUUGGAGGCUUAGUAACAGUAUUGAAACUGAUCGUACCACGAAUGGUUCGACUUAUUGUUUUUUGUAUUCGAAGAUGUACAGUAAAUCGUAACGCUGUAUUGCCAUUCAUUCAACUGCAGUUGUUAGUUCAUUGA